AUGGACGACUCCGGUAGCGACGGCUGCAUGACCCAAAGACAAUAUGACAUAAUCGUUCUGUUUUUGUCUCAAGGAUAUUUUCCGACCAAGGGAGAAUUGAUGGAAGCGCAUUUUGCAAAUGGAGAGGAUACAAUACGCCCGAGACCUUUCCGGAAAUUCAAAUCAUGGACCCAGAGGUUGCUCUAUCGCGAGUCUGAAAAUGCUCUCAUUCAUUUGCCCACGGGAAAAAUUGUGGUGCCAAAAGAAAGAUUUGUAGAUAUCAUCGUAGCAAAUCAUUGUAACGAAACUGGUGGCCAUUUAACUGCAUAUGCUACAAUGAGAAAGAUUCAAAAGAAAUACACAUUUGGACGUAGAAAUUUUGGAAUGAAUGAAGAGGUGGUCAAAAAUGUCGUCAGAAACUGUCCCUUUUGUCAAAAUAUCAGACCAGUCUCAACUUCUGCUAAGCAAGAUAGCAGAAUGGAAAUUGAUAAUAGUGGAAUGCAGUCUGAAGCUUUUGAUCGCAAAAGAAAUUAUCAAGAGCAGACUCAGGAAAAAGAUAUUAAAAAAUGUGAGGCUACCAACAGCACAUGUGAUGCAGCAACCAAUGCACAAUCUGAGAUAGGCAUAAAAAGAAUGAAAACUGAGAGCCAGAGAGAGCAAGAAGAUGAGUCAAUGGAAUGGAAACCAACUGAAAUGGACAGGAAUAAGGCUGAUGUAAAGCAAAGUCAUCCCAUCAUUCACAACACUUUGCUGUCUCAGCUAAAAAUGGCCGCUGGGUCAAACCAGAGCACCAGUUCAAGCCACAAUAAUCCUGUUCCGGUGCCAGUGUUGGGUCCCUUCAGCAUGUCUUUGUUGCCAUCAAUAAGCAGUUUGAACUUUGCAACUUCACUAGCUUUGGCUAAGACUUGUAACAGCAUAUCUGAACAUAUUGUAAAGUCCUCAUGCCCAAGUCUGUCCAACAAAGAACCUCAGGUCACCGUCGCAAAGGCCCAAGAAUUAAACUCAAAUCUAGGGUCCAUCUUAACACAGAGACCCUCAGCACUUGGCUAUUAUGUAAAAGUUCCAAACUUGGCUUCACCUGCAGGUUUCUCCUUGUCAUAUGUGUCCACUCCAUCAAUAAGUCUUGGUCAAUCAACAGUGUGCUCACCCUCCAUAGCUUCCUCUGCAUUGAGUACAGUAACACAACCUUCUUGUGGAGGUUCUUUGGAAGGAACAUUGUCAAAUAAGCCAAUAGUUGCAAAGAAAGUUGAACAGGGUCAGCCUUCCCAAACCAAGGUGGCUAUUCCAAACCUGGCUUUGUCAACACAGCAGUCUAAAAUCCCUCCUGAUCGGAUGCAGAUACAUGGAAAGAUAAUCAUUCCAAGUGUGAUGAAAUCAUCCAAACCAAAAGUCUUGCCACCAAUCAAACCUAAAGAGAAUACAGAACUGGCUAAAGCUCUUCUAACACCUUCAGAGAAUGAUGCUGGGGCUAGCAGUAUUUUGUCCACUCCUAAAAAGAUACUGAAAGGUGCUUCUACAAACUCAUCAUCGAAAGUUUCAAAGAAACUUAAAACAAAGCUGGAUAAACUUGAUAAGAAGAUCAAACGAGCUGGAAAGCGGAGUAAAAUUGAGUCUCCUAGUACCAAACUGAAAAGUUUGUCUCCUAGUACCAAACUGAAAAGUUCAUUUCCUAGUACCAAACUGAAAAGUUCAUCUCCUAGUACCAAACUGAAAAGUUCGGAGGAGGAUGCUGACAGAAAGGAUGUGAAUCAAAAUGUGGAAAAAGCUGCCAGUGGUUCAGUAAACCCUAUUGAUGAAUCUCUGAAGAAGAAAAAGAUCAUUGUUAUCAAUCCAGAAAGGAUGAAGAAAUUACUUGAGAAGAGUUUAAAAGGUCUGAAUAUGAAUAUGAAUUUUAAUUUCAAGGGGAAAUGUAAUGUAACUUUCCACAAUGAAUCCAGUGGUGCCAAGACUUCUUUCAUUGUUGAUGAUAGCCUCAGCAAAAGUGGUGCAAACACAUCACAUCCACUAAAUGUCCAGCAAUCAAGUGCCAGAGCUUUAAAACCAGAAAAUUUUCUAGAAAGGUUGAAGCAGAGGUUGUCAUGCAAUUCAAAGGAGUUGGCAGAAAAAAUAUGCAUGAAGUCUUGUGAAAAACUUGAAGUCGGUGGUGAGGAUAAGUCAGAAUUGAAUGAUGCUGAACAGGUGACUAAGCAAUGUCUUGAUGAACUAAACAAUGCAGACCUAGUUCAGAAAGUCAACAGCACUUCAGGUUUUCCAACACCAAGGUUAUCAGACAAACCCAGUGAUCCUGUACAGCCUGUGUUACCUGAACCUGGACCCGUUCCUUAUCCUUCCAUGUGGACAUUUGCUGCAGAUAUGGCAGUUGAGAGGAAUUGUUAUGGCAGAUUACUGAUUGCUAUUCAAGACAUGAGGAAGGAUGUUAUGAAGUCUAUUCUGUCAGACCACAUUGCAAUUGAGAGGCUGAGGAAAAAAAUAAGUUAUGCAGAAACCCUUGUCAACAAGCAUAAGUCAUUUAUCUCAAAUCACCACAAGGACUUGGACUUAAAUUGACUGAACCAAAAAUAUCUCAGCUGUCAAAGAAAACAGCAGCUGCAUGAUAAAUAAC